AUGAAAUCUCUACUUUUCGUGGCCUUAGUGGCCAUCUCUGUGUACGGUUAUCGUUCCGAAUCCUCUGAGUCUGACGAGGAUCUUUUCCAGCUCAAACCUCAAUCAAAUCGCAAAUUUGUUCUCGAUCAAUACCGAAACCGAGUGAUUCCCAAGGAGGCGCAAGAGCUCACCGGUGACGCGCUCAUCCGAUAUGUGAAUCAAAAACAGAGCUUGUGGACUGCCAGACGCCAUCCUCGCUUCGAUCGCUACCCUGAUCGCACCAAAUGGGGAUUGAUGGGAGUGAAAAACGUACGACUUCCGAUUGAGGGUUUGAUGGAGACAGCUGAAUCGGAGAAUUUGGAUGUGUACAUACCCGAGAAUUUCGACUCAAGACAGCAAUGGGAUUACUGUGACUCGAUCAAAAUCGUCAGAGAUCAAAGUUCUUGCGGUUCAUGUUGGGCUUUCGGCGCUGUUGAGGCAAUGUCCGAUCGUAUUUGUAUUGCUUCAAAGGGAAAAAUCCAAGUCUCUCUAUCGGCUGAUGAUCUUCUCUCGUGUUGUAAACGAUGUGGAUAUGGAUGCAAUGGUGGAGAUCCGUUGGCGGCUUGGAAGUAUUGGGUGAGAGACGGAAUCGUCACCGGAUCCAACUACACGGCUAAACAAGGCUGCAAACCCUAUCCAUUCCCUCCAUGUGAACAUCACUCAAAUAAGACUCAUUACGAUCCAUGUAAACACGAUCUCUUUCCAACUCCUCGCUGUGAGCGAACCUGUCAAGAUGGAUACGAUACCGCUUAUAAGAAAGAUCUUUACUUUGGAAAAUCCGCUUAUGGAGUGAAACAAAAUGUGGAAGCGAUUCAGAAGGAGAUUCUCACGAAUGGACCUGUUGAGGUGGCGUUUGAGGUCUACGAGGAUUUCCUCAACUAUGAUGGAGGAGUGUAUGUGCAUACUGGUGGCAAGCUUGGGGGUGGACAUGCAGUGAAGAUGAUCGGAUGGGGAAUGGAGAAAGGAACGCCCUACUGGCUUGUGGUUAACUCGUGGAAUGAAGACUGGGGAGAGAAUGGACUUUUCCGUAUUAUUCGUGGAGUUGAUGAGUGCGGAAUUGAAUCUGGUGUUGUGGGAGGAGUUCCCCGUAUCGACAAGCGUCACCAUCAACGUCUCCACCGUCGUCAAGCCUCUCAACAAGACUCCGACUCUGAGGAA